ACCCUCCAGUACAAGACCCACUCAACCCCAAAAUCCGACCAAAAUCCCACGCUUUCCAAACACACACCAACAACGUAAGAAUAAAAAACCGCCAAUCCAUCACUCGGGUCUCCUCGAUUUCCCUUUUUGUGUCUAUGUAUAUGAUCUCUGCACCUUCAAAUUCCACAUGCCUUUCCAUUCCUUUCUCUUUUCCUCUCCAUUUCUCUCCGGGAGUUUCGUUUCCCUUUGAUUUUCUCUCCCCCUUCGCCGCUCUGUUUCCGUUCUUGCAGCCCCCGCCUCCCUCGGAACCUUGAAAACAGCAAACAUUGUUCACCUGAUCGUUGAAGGUCUGAGAGCCCGUUGCAAAUUUUUGAGGAUUUAUAUGGAGACACAAUUAGUGUUUGAUGUCGUCAAGUUUGAGAAGGAAAAGGCUAUAGCCAGGUUCAAUCGCUUUCGCAGAAUUGCGAGGUUAUGGCAGAUUUUCGAACUUGUGGUGGUUUUCGGGCUGAUUUCGUGGUCGUCGGCGCGUGUGCCGGCGGUUCUGAGGGUAGCGGCGGCGUGUUUUGUUGAGUUCUCCGCUUAUCUCUUCAACCACCAUGUCGUUUUCCUCAUUGGAAACGCCAUCAUCGUCCUGCUGUUCGUGCUUUGCCGCCAGAAUGACUCCGCGAGUCUCUCCGGCGAAGGGGAUUUCUACGAAGACUACGUUAAACACAGCGAGGCCGCUCGUCAACCCGAGUCUACUCCGUCUCCGACGCCGGAUACGGCUUACAGUCCUCCAACAGAAGUCGUUAGCGGGGGCGGCGAUGAGGAGAAGCAGAUGGUAGUGUGCACGGAGAAGACGACAGCGGUUUCGCAAUGCGACGACGUGACGGCAGCGAUAGAGAAGGCGACGAGGCAAAUAAGGAAAUUCCAGAGGACACAGUCAGAGAAACUGAAGCGAGAGAUUGGCGUACGGCCGCAGGCGGAGCUCCGGAGAUCGGAGACACAGAACCGGCGGAAAUCAGUGAGUUGCGGUGAGCGGUUGGACGCGUCGGAGAUUGAGAGACUCAGCAGCGAAGAGUUCCGGCGCACGGUUGAUGCCUUCAUUGAUAAACACUGGUGCAAAAAGAAACUGAAAUAAAACCCAUUUCGAGAAAAAUGAAAAUGAAAAUGAAAAUGAAUGUAAGAAAAAAUGAUGUUGGGAGAAGUACGUGGAUGAAUUGCCUAAUCCGCUGUUUAUCUGGAAUUAGUUGCCCAAUUUUAUCCACUUUUUCUUAUUUCUUCUUUUAAUGUUAUGAUCUUCUUCACUGUCUUGACUGUAGUUAUCUUUGUUGAAUAUAUAUAUAUAUUAAGGAUAAUUACACUUUCCUGCCUUA